GCUAAAGUGGAAUCAAAACCGCGUUAAUUGUGCAGUGUGGAUGCUCCCCAAGUCUCGCUUUGUCCUUCGCCUCCCCAGGAGGAGAAGAGGAGGGGAGGCGGCGGCAGGCAAAGCUCCGCCUGGGAGGUGGUCUUUUUUCUUUCUAUCUUCCUUCCUUCUGCGGUCCAGGGCGGAGAGAGCUUGGCUGGGCGGGCGAGCGGGCGGCUGAGGUCCAGGCAGCGGCUCUUCUGCCUCCGGAGGUCCAGGCAGGAAGGCUUGAUUCUCCAUCCCUUGGGCUCCCUCCCUGCCUCCCCUUUGGCGUCCACCCUUCUUUCCUUCCUUGCUUUCGUUGCGCGCCACACAACUCCUUCACCUGCGCUCCAGAUGGCUUCCGUAACAGAUGGCAGAUAUGGACACAAGGAUGCUUCCGACCAGAACUUUGAUUACAUGUUCAAACUCCUGAUCAUUGGCAACAGCAGUGUGGGCAAGACAUCCUUCCUCUUUAGAUAUGCUGAUGACACAUUCACACCGGCCUUUGUCAGUACAGUGGGAAUUGACUUCAAAGUGAAAACUGUUUACAGGAAUGACAAAAGAGUAAAACUACAGAUUUGGGACACUGCUGGACAAGAACGGUAUAGGACUAUUACUACUGCCUAUUAUCGAGGAGCAAUGGGAUUUAUCCUUAUGUAUGAUAUUACUUGUGAAGAGUCCUUCAAUGCUGUCCAGGACUGGGCCACGCAGAUCAAGACCUACUCCUGGGAUAAUGCUCAAGUCAUUCUGGUGGGGAACAAGUGUGACAUGGAGGAUGAGAGAAUAAUUCCUAUUGAAAAAGGAAAGCAUCUGGCUGAUCAGUUGGGAUUUGAUUAUUUUGAAGCCAGUGCCAAGGAGAACAUCAAUGUGAGACAGGUCUUCGAACGCCUCGUGGACAUCAUCUGUGAGAAGAUGUCGGAGGGCAUGGAUUCAGAAGCUGCAAAGACGGCUGCCGGGAAGAAUGUGCAUCUCACCUACAAUCCACCUCCGCUUCAGCAGAAGUGCUCCUGUUAAUGCUUCAAAACCUCUGUGGAAGCUCUUGGUGGCUGGAACAGUUCACCAACCCUUUUAUGCCUAAAUCCACUUUCAUCCCAUGCGGAGCAGACCAACUGAAUCAAUGGCAAUUACAGAAGCGCUGAUUUGUCAAGUUCCAUUUGAUCCAGUGAUUCUACUCUAAUUGGGACUAGCAACUGAAUUUAGGUCACAACCUUUUAAAAGAUCUGUUUCCGUAUCACUGGUGCUGGAUAUGUUUGUUCACUGUCCCCCAAAAUCUGUUGUAUUUUGCUUAUUGAAUACAAUGAAAAUGGUGUAAGUGCAGCUAGUGUUCCGGUGAAACGUUAUGCCACAGUUUCAGUGAACUAACCUGUUUCUGAAUGGUUCUUGAUGUUUUACUUAUAUAGUAAAAUAUAGCAUUGAUGCUAUUCAGUUGAUUGUGAUCAAGCACAUUCCCCGUACAUACUAACUAGAAGCUGUUAAGAGUUAACUUUGUGACUGUGUUGUUUUGUUUUGAAUAGCUUGAAAAAGUGGAGAGAAGGAAUGGGUGGAAUGGAGUAGUAUUUCUUCAAAUUCUUCAAAAGGGUAUAUUUUCAUUGGGACUUUUUUGCCUAAUGAGCAACAGUGUAGACAGAAUAGCCAGUGUGGUGUAAUAGUUUGAGUGUUGGACUACAACUCUGUGUGCCUUCAAGUCAUUUCUGAAUCAUAGGUUCCUAAGGUGGACUUCCAAUAGGGUUUUCUUGGGAAGAUUUGUUCAAAGGGGAUUUAACCUUUGCCUUCAUCUGAGGCUGAGAGAGUGUGACUUGCCCAAGGUUGUCCAGUGUGUUCCCAUGGCAGUGCAAGGAUUUGAACCCUGCUCUUCCAAGUCAUCAUCCAACACUCAAAUCACUACAUCACAUUGGCUCUAUAUAACAAAUAGCUACUAUGAAUAAAAGCUUUCUACACCCAGUACUAAGAGGAUAUCAUUUUAAAAUCACCAAGAAUAAAUGCAUGUUCAACUAAUUUUUAAAUAGAUAUCCCAGACUGGACCGACACUGCCAUAUAAUCCAGUUCAAAGCAGAUAAUCUGGAUUUUAUAUGGCAGUGUAGAUGGGGCUCAGUAUAGCCUUCUGAGAAUUAAAAAAAUCCAAACCCUACAAUGUAUGUACAACUGACCAAUCUUAAAAUUUUUGACACUUAAACUAACAUUGUUUGGCCUUGGAAACUGAGAAAAUGGAAUAUGCACAUUAGUUUGUGCACACAGCAGUUUUGGGAUUCUGACUGUCCCCACAAUUGGAUUAUAAGGCUGAGUGACCUGUCAGCUAGUUUAUGGAUGAACUACAGCUACUGCUCCACAAAUCUAUAUUCAAACUGGAAUGCAAUAUUUCCUUUUGUAACAUUUCACAGAUGUGGUAUUGACAUGAGCUUAAUUUAAUAAGAAACACAUAUUUCCCAUCUAUCAUUCUGUGAGCUUUCUCUGCUAUGGUGGCCUCCCACUAGAGUCCCAAUUGGCAUAAGCACUGCUGCCAUCUUAGUGCCAAGUAUAAAUUUAAAAUUUAUAUAAAUUUUGUGGAAGAGACCACAAAAGCCACCCAGUCCACCCCCCUGCCAUACAGGAACACCCGAUCAAAGCACUCCUGACAGACGGCCAUCCAGCCUCUCUUUCAAAAUAGCCAAAGAAGAGACUCCAGCACACUCUGAGAUAGUAUAGUCCACUAUCAAUAUAUUCCACUAUCAAACAGCUAAUAUAAUCAGAAAGUUCUUCCUAAUAUUUAGGUGGAAUCUCUUUUCAUGUACUUUGAAUCCUUUGCUCCAUGUCCUAGUUUCUGGAGCUGGCUCCAUCCUCUAUAUGGCAUCUUUUCAAAUAUUUGAAUAUCCUGUCACCUCUUAACCUUCUAUUCUCCAGGCUAAACAUACCCAUCUCCCCAAGCCACUCCUUAUAAAGCAUGGUUUCCAUGCCUUUUACCAUUUUGGUCACACUUUGGAAACAUUCCAGCUUGUCAAUAUAGUCCUUGAAUUUUAGUGCCCUGAACUGGACAUAGUAUUCCAGGCGAGGUCUUACCAAAGCAGAAUGCAGUAGUACUAUUACAGCCUUCCAUUGUAUUGAUGCAGUCUAGGAUUGCAUUGGCUUUUUUAUCUGCCACAUAACACUACUGACUCAUGUUCAGCUUGUAUCUACUAUGACUUCUAGACCACAAAAUAAAUUUUUACUGAAGUCUUCGAGGUCUAAUUGGUUUCAUAUACAGUACAUCUGUACACAUACAUCGUUUUAAAUUGUUUCUACUGGUUUUUAACUAUCUUCUUUAACUUACUAACUUGGUCUAGUCUGCUUAAAUUAUUUAUACUUUUCCAAAUUGUUUUAAAUUAGUCAGAUGAUGUUAUUGUACAAUACUCUUUUAAAUUAAAUUUAGGAUAAAAUACACCUAAAAAUAAAUACACUUCUCUCUUUUUUCUUCACUUUGUGCACAUAAUAAUUUAUGAGGUCGGUCAGGUUAAGUUGGUCAUUUGCGAGGUUUCAUGGCUCUUUGGAGAUCUUGAACCUGGACCUCCAACCUUCCAGUCCAGCACGAAAUCUACCAGCCUGUAAUUAGAAGAAACCUUUUUUCAAUAUUGUAACUUUUUCAUUUAUUUUGGGUGCUGAAUUUUAAAAAAACAGAAUACACAGUUCUUUCGCAAAUUUGAUAUAUUUUCCAAUUCAAUUGCUAUUCUGUCUUUAUUAGGUUGCAGUUGUAUAGUAUAUGAGAAAAAGUCUAAUAGCAUUAUAAGGGUAUUACCUUUGAAUAGAAGUGUACAAUACUGCACUGUUUGCAUAUAAUUGUAAGCUCUCUCCUCCAUCUAUAUAUAGACUACUUCAGUUCUGCUGGAAUAUUAAAUGUAUAUGUUAAAAUGUUUUCAAAAGAGUUCAAAUUGUUCUAAUUUUUGUCUUCAGUAGAAAAACUAUUUUUCACACUUAUUUAUGAUUUUGUGCUUUGAGGGCAAAGGCUCUGUAGCGCUUGAAGUGUAUAUAUUGUUCUUAAUCAUGACAAAUAAAAAUGUGAUUUAGUA